AUAGUAGGUGAGAUAUAGUACAUACUAUUGUCUAAAUGGUAGACAUUUGUCCAGUGGUAGACAUAAAUGACAGGGAAAAUAAAACUAGAAAAAAAAAAAUCCUAUAAACUUGUAUUGAAGGAGGGAACAAAGUGGGAACAGAAUAUCAAAGAAACGUUUGCUUCUACUUCUGCCAGUAAACAACCACCCUGAAAACUCACAUCACACAUAUUUUCUUCAUAAAUUGUAAAAAUCUAGUUUAUACUGCAGUUAUCUAACAAAAGAGGGUUCAAUCUGUAGUUUAAUCUUAUUAAAGCUACUAAAAAACUUAUAUUAUGAAAUAUUUCUGUUAAGGUUCUUGUAAGGUUGUUACAAGCCAAAAAACUCUAAAGUGUAUAUUCCUCAACUGUGCACAGUUUUGGGGUAAAAACAAGGCAAUUGUCAUUAGAUGUGCUCUGAGAGUGGAAGUGAGUUUUGCUUUUCUAGAAACAUGGUUUAACUAGCACUGACAUAUCUGCAUAUCUGCAUAUCUGCUGGGGUUAAUAGCAUCGUCAACCACAGCAACCAGGUCUGACGUCACAUACGGGCAGAAUUUCCUGCAUAGGUGCUGUAGUUUCUGAACAGACAUGGACUUAGUCACUCGCUCGACAGCAAGCAAACCACUCACACAGGACCACCAAAUAUCUCUGUGUGUCAAGAUUUUUGAGGAGCAGUGGACAGCAAGUGUACACCAAUUUUUUGGCUGUCACAAUGUUGCAGGAAGGCAAUUUAACCACGAACGAGACCUGCAAAAUUCAUGAUGGCAUACUUUCACCCUUCUUGUCCAUUGGCUACAUUAUCAUCUUUUGCAUCGGCCUGCUCUGCAACACCGUCACCCUUUACAUAUUUUUCCUUCGGCGGCAUACAGACUCUUCCAUGGCCGUAUACAUGCGACACCUCGCCUUGGCAGACACUAUGCUGGUCCUGUGUUUGCCUGUCCGGGUUUACUACCACAACAAAGUAGGUCCCUUCUACUUGUGCAAGGUGGUGGGCAUCUUCUUCUACUUGAACAUGUAUUCCAGCAUCCUGUUCCUCAGCCUCAUCAGUCUGGAUCGCUACUUGAAAAUCAUCAAGCCUGUUUGGGUGUUCAGCAUCCAAAAGACCAAGUGGAGCCACAUGGCAAGCUACAUCGUCUGGGUAGUCCUCAUUUCAGGAAUGAUCCCCUUUUUGACAAGCAACAGCCUGGAACAUCCGUGCGACAAAGUUUGCUUCCACUUCCACAGCAAGGGGACUGUCGGUGGGACCAUUAACCUGACAACGGUGGUGCUCUUCCUUGUUUUUUAUGUGGCCUUUCUUUGUUUUUAUGUGAAGAUCACUAAUAAACUUAGGACUAUGUCCAUGGGUAAUGGUGACCCUAAAGCACAGGGUCGCAAACAGAGGGUCAUCAUGAAGACUUUCUUGGUACCGUCCAUUUUUACUUUGUGUUUCUUGCCUUACCAUGCAAUACGAAUCCCAUACGUUCUGGCUCAGAUGAAUGUAAUUGGGGAUCUUCAUAGCCAACAACUGUUGCACAUCUUAAAUGAGAGUACUUUGCUACUGUCUGCUCUAAAUAGUUGUCUGGACCCAAUUAUCUAUUACUUCUUAUCCAGUGCAUACAGGAAAACCAUACUCUGUGCCAUUCAGGGCAAGUUUAAAAACAUGCAUGCUUUAAACAGAAGGAGAAUCAGCAUAAACCGCUCAAUCACUGAAAUUUAGCCUUAAUGGAUGACUUUUCCAUUUGUGACUUUUGAUGACUACAUGAAUCAAAUUUUGUAGAUUCAACAAAUUGAAAUAUUAAGUUUUAAAUCACGUACAUUACUGGUUGACAGUUUGGGCACACAUGACUGUAUCUAUAUGAUUCAUAUUUGGUUUCAUAUGAUCCAAAAAAAAACAUUGUCUGCAACAAAAUCUUAGUAAUAAAAAAUGAGCAGGUGUGUCUAAAGUUCUGACUGGUAGUGUAAGUGUAUUUAAGCAUGUCUUGUGUUUCUGUAAAUACUGAAUAUGUAGCUGUAGCAUUUGCACUAGAGCAGUGGUUCUCAAACAGCUUUGCUUUGAUCCAGAUAUUGUGGUGGUCCCAAAAACAAAACCAAAAUGGUUUCUCUAAAAUUAAAUAUGGAUUUAUGUAUGAAACUUCACAGGCCCAACAAUGUAUAUAGUUAUUAACAAUAUAUAGGAAAAUGAGUGUUUAUUAUUUAUUUCUAAAUGCAAAAUUUCAAUGCUUUUAUGUUUUCAGCAGCCACAAAUUAAAAACAUCCUCAUCGUUUAUCCUCAUCGUAAGUGAACUUGUAGUGGGUCAUAUUUUUGUUCAUUUAUCAUAUUUUUAGUUUUUGAGGAUGUCACGCAUCAUGUCCAUGUUAGCAUUGUAUUAUCGGACUAGAUUCUACCAAGUAACUUAUUAAUCUAAUGUUUUUUUGGAUGCACAGCUGUUGACUUCAACAACAAAAUAGGGGAAGCAUUAUCAGUUAAGCACAACUGAGCUUGAGUACUCUGACUGUUUAUUUGUGAAUAGACUUUUUACAUUUCCUUUAUUAAUUUAUUUUACUGAGAGCAUGACCAUUAUUUGUGCAAGUUAAGUACGUAAAAAAAAGAUCUUUGUAAAUGUUAUGGUUUUCCCUUAUGACAAAGAUCCCAUGUGGUUGACAUGAGUACUGUUGUGUUAUUAGUGUCACCCAUGAUUGUGGUGAUAAAUGUACGUGUUAACCACAAACUUUAUUUCUAAAUAUGAAAGCAAUCUGGGGAAAUAUUAAAUGUUGAUUAAAGGAUAUUUGCACUUUUUAUUUAAACAAUUUAUUUGAUAACAAAUACUAUGAAACUGUACAUUUUUUGUGUUAUAAAAUGCAUUACUGUGUACACAUUUGCACAAUUUGUAAUCUGGCUAAAGCCAUAUUAAUGUAAAUGUAUUAAAUAUUGUAUUGUUCUUGAGAAUAAAAUGUAAAAUAAAUGCAAUUUAAAUAUAA